CGUGAAUCCUCCUUUCUACCGUUAACCCCCUCGUUUGAAUAUCCGAGCGUCCAUUUUAUGAGCUUUCGGGAGGCCCUCAAAUAAAACUCCUUCAUUUCAAAUCUCUGGGAAUUAGUAUUUAGCGGGUGAGAAAAAAAAGGGGGGGUGGGGAUAAUCCUUCCGUAAGGUCUGCUAUUCAAUGGCAUUUUCAGCAUUAUCACGGCCCAUCAUGAAGGCGGCGAAACCAAAUCUGCUUCUGUGCUUUGAUGCGUUUGGCACUUUAUUCAGCCCCAAAGGCCCAGUCGCCCAGCAGUACGCAGAAGUCGCACGGCAAUGUGAUUUUACUGGCUUUAGCGAUAAGGAGCUUCAAUCUCGGUUAUUGGAAGCAAUUAAAGACGAGCGGGAGCAGAAUCCAAACUACGGGAAAGCAACGGGACUGGGCGCCACUCAGUGGUGGACGAAUGUCAUCCACAAAACAUUUACACCACUCUUGCGCAACAACCAGGCCCUCCCCCCUACUCUAGUCCCGAAACUAAUCCACCGAUUCUCUUCAAGCGAAGGCUAUGAAGCCCAACGUGAUCUUGUCCCAGCAAUAAGGGCUUUGCGGGAGCGGAUAUCCCAGCAAGGGGUUGAGAGGCUUGUUAUUGGAGUAAUCACAAAUUCCGACGAUCGAGUCCCAGAUAUCCUGUCCUCUCUGGGCCUUAAUGUUAGUCCGUUACGAUACGGUACUCCGUUUGACGCAAGCGCUCUUCGAGAGAAGCAAUUUGAUAUCGAUUUCCAUUGUAUGUCAUACGACGUUGGCGUGGAGAAGCCAGACAGACGGAUUUUCAACGCCGCCGAUAUUAUGCUUUCUCACAUCAUCAGAGCUCGAUAUAAAGAGACUCUUACCGAAUCCGAGAUGGAGAGGUGGCAAAAGGUGUAUAUUGGCGACGAGGUUGCCAAGGACGUCGUGGGAGCUGCCGAAGCUGGCUGGAACCCUGUGCUUCUUGAUGUUGAUGGAAAUUCCACUGAGAUAACCAGCUUGGAGGAUACUCCACAACAGACCCUCGAAGACCUCUUUGCAGAACACGCUUCUGUAAGAGUGGGCUCGAUUCGAAACCUGGUUUCAUGGCUUACAGGAUCAGAAUGGGAGAAAAGAUGAUAAACAAUACAACGCCGAUUGACCAAGGA